GUGCGCAGGCGCAGUCGCGGAGGUAGGAGGGCGAGGGAGCGCGGCGGUGCCAGUCGUCGCCUGUCGGUCGGUGAGGGAGCCCGUUCCGCCGCUUCGCUCGGAGCUGGGGCGCUCCUCUCUCUCUCUCUCUUUUUUCUCCCUCCCCGCCCCUCAGAGAGAGCGAGAGAGGCCGCCGAGCCACCGCUUGCCGGGGAGCAGCUUCCAGACCAUGGUGGAUUACCACACCGCCGGACAACCCACUUACCAGUACGGCGGCAACGGCCCGGGCAUCGGCGACUACAUGGCUCAGGAGGACGACUGGGACCGCGACCUCUUGCUCGACCCGGCCUGGGAGAAGCAGCAGCGGAAGACCUUCACAGCAUGGUGCAAUUCCCACUUAAGAAAAGCUGGCACGCAGAUUGAGAAUAUCGAUGAAGAUUUCCGUGAUGGCCUCAAGCUCAUGUUACUCCUGGAGGUCAUUUCAGGAGAGCGGUUACCAAAGCCAGAAAGAGGAAAGAUGAGGGUGCAUAAGAUCAACAAUGUCAACAAAGCCCUGGAUUUCAUUGCCAGCAAAGGGGUCAAGCUGGUUUCCAUAGGAGCCGAAGAAAUCGUCGAUGGCAAUGCGAAGAUGACCCUCGGUAUGAUCUGGACAAUUAUCCUCAGAUUUGCCAUUCAAGACAUCUCCGUGGAAGAAACGUCUGCCAAGGAAGGCCUGUUGCUCUGGUGCCAGAGGAAGACGGCUCCUUACAAGAACGUUAACGUGCAGAACUUCCACAUAAGCUGGAAGGAUGGCCUUGCUUUUAAUGCCUUGAUCCACAGACACAGACCAGAACUCAUUGAAUAUGACAAACUUAGAAAGGAUGAUCCAGUGACGAAUCUGAACAACGCCUUUGAGGUGGCUGAGAAAUACCUCGACAUUCCCAAGAUGUUGGAUGCAGAAGACAUUGUCAACACAGCCCGUCCUGAUGAGAAGGCCAUCAUGACCUACGUGUCCAGCUUCUACCAUGCCUUCUCUGGCGCACAGAAGGCGGAGACGGCUGCCAACAGGAUCUGCAAAGUGCUGGCCGUGAAUCAGGAGAACGAGCACCUGAUGGAAGAUUACGAGAAGCUGGCUUCGGAUCUCCUGGAGUGGAUCCAGCGCACCAUUCCGUGGCUAGAGAACCGGGUCCCUCAGAAGACCAUGCAGGAGAUGCAGCAGAAGCUGGAAGAUUUCCGUGACUACCGGCGGGUCCACAAGCCCCCCAAGGUGCAAGAGAAAUGCCAGCUGGAGAUCAACUUCAACACCCUGCAGACGAAGCUGCGACUGAGCAAUCGGCCCGCUUUCAUGCCUUCCGAGGGGAAGAUGGUUUCGGACAUCAACAAUGGCUGGCAGCACUUGGAGCAGGCGGAGAAAGGUUACGAAGAGUGGCUGCUGAAUGAGAUCCGGAGGCUGGAAAGGCUGGACCACUUGGCAGAGAAGUUCAGGCAGAAGGCAUCCAUCCACGAGUCUUGGACAGAAGGAAAAGAGGCCAUGCUGAGGCAGAAGGACUACGAGACAGCCACUCUGUCGGAUAUCAAGGCCUUGAUCCGGAAGCACGAGGCUUUUGAGAGCGACCUGGCAGCUCACCAGGACCGCGUGGAGCAAAUCGCGGCCAUUGCUCAGGAGCUCAAUGAGCUGGACUACUACGACUCCCCCAGCGUCAACGCCCGGUGCCAGAAAAUCUGCGACCAGUGGGACUCGCUGGGAUCCUUGACCCACACGCGGAGGGAGGCCUUGGAGAAAACAGAGAAGCAGCUGGAGACCAUUGACCAGCUCCACCUGGAAUACGCCAAGAGGGCCGCGCCCUUCAACAACUGGAUGGAGAGCGCCAUGGAGGAUCUGCAGGACAUGUUCAUUGUACACACCAUUGAGGAGAUUGAGGGUCUGAUGGCGGCCCACGACCAGUUCAAGUCCACCUUGCCUGAUGCCGACAAGGAGCGGGAAGCCAUCCUGGGCAUCCAGAGCGAAGCGCAGAGGAUCGCCGACUACAAUAACAUUAAGCUCUCCGGGAACAACCCUUACACUUCGGUCACUCCCCAGAUCAUCAACUCCAAGUGGGACAGGGUCCAGCAGCUGGUGCCGAAGCGGGACCACGCCCUGCAAGACGAGCAGAGCAAGCAGCAGUCCAACGAACAUUUGCGCCGACAGUUUGCCAGCCAGGCCAACAUUGUGGGGCCCUGGAUCCAGACCAAAAUGGAGGAGAUUGGGCGUAUUUCCAUCGAGAUGAACGGUACUUUGGAGGACCAGCUGGACCACCUGAAGCAGUACGAGCGGAGCAUCGUGGAUUACAAGCCCAACAUCGACCUCCUGGAGCAGCAGCACCAACUCAUCCAGGAGGCCCUCAUCUUCGACAACAAGCACACCAACUACACCAUGGAGCACAUCCGUGUCGGGUGGGAACAGCUCCUCACCACCAUCGCCCGGACCAUCAACGAGGUGGAGAACCAGAUCCUGACCCGGGACGCCAAGGGGAUCAGCCAGGAGCAGAUGCAAGAAUUCCGGGCCUCCUUCAACCAUUUCGAUAAGGACCACGGCGGCUCUCUGGGGCCCGAAGAGUUCAAAGCCUGCCUCAUCAGUUUGGGAUACGAUGUGGAAAAUGACCGACAGAAGCGCACGGGGAGCAUGGAUACAGAUGACUACCGAGCCCUCCUUAUCUCCACGGGAUACAGCCUGGGAGAUGCAGAGUUCAACCGGAUAAUGAGCGUAGUGGACCCCAACAACAGCGGCGUCGUGACCUUCCAGGCUUUCAUUGACUUCAUGUCCAGGGAGACAACGGAUACGGACACGGCCGACCAGGUCAUCGCCUCCUUCAAGGUCCUGGCUGGUGACAAGAACUACAUCACAGCUGAGGAGCUGCGGCGAGAGCUUCCACCGGACCAGGCCGAGUACUGCAUUGCCCGCAUGGCACCUUACCAGGGGCCCGACGCCAUUCCCGGGGCCCUCGACUACAAGUCCUUCUCCACAGCCCUGUAUGGCGAGAGCGACCUGUGAGGAGGAGGAGGAGGCGGUGGUGGAGGCGGCAAGCGCUGGCGCUUCUUUGUGCGACGGGAGGAGGGAGCAACCGUCUGAUUUCCCUCAAUGCUGUACACACAUACACACACGUGGCACACACACAAGCACACACACACGGGACAUCCUUUUCUCUCUCUCUCUCUCUUUCUCUCUCUGACGAGAGCAGCAGCCUCCACGUCAGGGCAGCCCCGCGCACCACGCUGGUUUUUCCCGGCGAGCCUUCUGCCCCCUUCCAAUGAUCUAUGCAGCGGUCCUCGCCCUCGUCCCUUGCUCGACCGAGACUUUUGAGCUCGGGAGAGAGAGACGCCCCGUCUCCUUUUGUCGCUGGGCGAGGGGAGGGCAAGUCCGGGUGCCCUUCGGCAAAAGGGGGGCCAGCCCAGGAGACGCGCCAGCCGACGUGGCUCCCGGGGCCAGUUUUUGCGAAACGGAGGGCCCUUCGGAUUGUCCGCCCCCUCGCCCAGCGGGCCGAAAAUGGAGGGGGACUCCUCGGCUGUCUGAAGUCAGAUCCUUUUCUCCCCAGACUCGGUGGUAACUCUGACUCCUGGAUCCCUCCGCCUGCCAGCGUGGGCAGCGUGGCGGUUGCUUCUUCCUCUCCCGUCACACACACACACCAGUGAAAGUCCUGGGGCACAGAGCCCUGUUUGGCCCACCGAAACCCCCCCCACACACACACACUGCUUUUAUCCCAAACAUGCACCCUUUCUGAGCCACGCGGAUCCCAGCUCACGAUUCUUAGGCGGGUCAAGGGGGCUCUUUUCUGGCCCGUUAAAGAGUUUCCGGUUUUGCCCAAACGGCUCUCAGAUCGGACACCCCAUGACAGCACCAGCACAUUCUCUCCUUUUAGCAUCACCCUGGCUUCAUUCCCUUGACAAAGUGGGUGUUUCCCCCCCCCUCUUAAUUUCAGGGCUCAUUUACUGGAGGAGGAGGAGGAGGAGGAGAGAAAUCUUUUCAAGGAAACCAGCCCUUGGCAGCGCCCUACAAAUUUGAAACAAGGGAGUGGAUUGAGACCCAUGUCUCCUUGCGUUUCUCUCUCUCUCUCUCUCUCUCUCACCGCCAGCUUUUGGUUUACAGAUCCCUUCCGGAUUCGGUGAGCUAAAGGUUCUAGCAUCCUAGCCCCUGUAUUUCAGUCUGAUGAGCCUGUUCUUCCUCUCUCCACACUCAUCAUCCCCCCAAGCCCUUGGUUCCGUAUAUUAUUUCAGCAAUACUGACACAAACAGAAGGACAAGCACAGAGCAGGUUGUGAACGUGUGCUUUCCGAGUGGAACUGGAAACCCAGCGUCUCCCUUCAGCGCCGCUCAUCUCCGAAAGGGGAUGAUUGUAUUUGGUCUGGUCCCCCCGUUUUGCACACCCUUUCCGUCGGGUUGGGGUUUGGCGUGGUCGGGAGAGAAAUGCAGCAGGGGUGGUCGGUGCAUGGGGGUUUAAUAACAAAACUCGGACCAGCUGUCAGACUAACAGAAGGCUUAGAGACUGCAAAGCGAGUUAAAAAAAACGAAGCAAAACACUUUUCUCGGGGUGCCUCAGAAAUCGGCUCAGCUGCUCCCUCUUCCCUGUUGGGCGGGAGCAUCUUGCUCGUUUCAGUCUUCCUCACUUUUUUCUUCACUCUGAACAGCCCUCGAAAUCCAUUGCUUUUCACGCUUAUAUAUAUUAUAUAUAUAUAUCUAUUUUUUUGUAAUUUCUUCAUCAUGGUGCAGGGUUUUCUGAGGACCAAAUUUAAACGAAAGAGAACCAUGUAGAGAUCUUUUUUUAAGAAAAGACUGAAAUUAAAAACACAGCAAACUGUUGCAAUUUAAUAACGUCCAGAUUUAUUAUUAUUAAAUAUAUAUAUUCAUCUAGCAUCGUAUAUUGCCGAUGGGUGGAUUUUUAUUUUAUUUUAUUUUAUUUUGGUCUUUUGUCCUUUCAUCAUGUCCUUUAAGGUUAUGGCUGACUGUAGCACUGGAAAUUGUAACAUUCCCCAUAUUCUUGUUUUUUUUCUUCCCGGAGAUCAUCUGUCUUUUUCGUUUUUUUGGUUCUCUGUUUUUGUUGUUGGCGAAGGUUUAGCUUAUUUUCUUGUGUUUGCUACUGAAUGCCUGCCUUGUGGAGGGCAGAUGCUUCAGCCCUUAGGGAGUAGCCGGGUUCUGUCCGCCUCUGUCCAUCAUCAUCAUGUCUACUCUAAAAACCUCUAAGCUUUCUGGGGAAACCAACCCUCCUCCCUCUCGGGAAACAAGACAAUAAAGUGUAAUAUUUUUAAGGAUGA